AUGUAUAAUAGAAACAUAAUAUUACUUUCAGUUUUAUUUAUAAUUUUACUUCAAUUUUCAAAAUCACAACAAAUAGAUAAAUCAAACUAUAUAGAAAAUAAUUAUCUAUCUUUAUCAUCAUCUUCAAGUAGUGAUGAUUCAAGUUCAAGCGAUGGUUGGGUAGAACCACCUGCAUGCGGAGAUCUCACCCUUUGUUUAUUCACAGAAAUAAACUAUAAAGGAUUUCAAUACGAAUUUUCAAUAUAUGAUGGAUAUGUAAAUUUACCUGACCAAAUUAAAAGAAAUAUUACAUCAUUUGUAUCAAAUGCUAAAGUUUGUUUUAUUUCAUUUAGUCCAAAUUUUAACACACAACAAAUCAGUUUUGGUGAAUUUUUAUCAAACUAUUAUAUAAUUUUUGGAAACUCGGUUGAUAGUAUAAAAUCAGGAGAGUGCUAA